AUGUCGGCCUGGCGAGCGUGGUCGAAACUCUGCUGCGGUCAAAAGUGGCUGCUCCUCCUGUCCCCGCUCGUCUUCCUCAUCCUCGCCAUCUCUGUGAUGACGACGACUCUCCCCAUCCCUCUGCACGACGUCGACUGGUGGUCCUCCCGAGCCCUGAGCUCCGCCGGGGAGUCCCGUUCCAGGCUGGGCGUCGUGGAGCACCCUCCGGCCGCCGCCGCCGCCUCCCAGCGGACGCUCGCUCCCGUCCACAGGGGAGUCAGGAAAUCUGGCGCUCGGGAAGAGACGUCUAAAACUCUGCCGCCACCAGAAACUCUCGAGGAGGAUGCUGGCGAUAACAAAAAUGGCGUAAAAGAGAGGAGAAAGAAACACAAAAACAAAGGCAUCGCCUCCAAAAGAAAGGAGAAGGCAGGCACCAUUCGGCACCCAACAAGCCAUCAGCGUCUCCGUUUCCCAGAGAGUACAUUCAACACAGGGCCACAGCAUAGAAUUAAGCCAAGCAACCACAGCGUUGUGGUGAAGCACACUGCACAGACCAACAUUCAUCUUGAAAGGGGCAAAUCCACAGCAGCACUUAUCCCUGCUCCGGCACACGGCCUCGUGAAUGGCAGACGGGCUGCAGACAGACAGGCAGACAGACGGGACAGGGAUGCAGACUCGCUAAUACAUGGUGGCCCUGCAAGUGCAAAGCUAGCUGAGCAUCAGCAGGCUUUGGGAAAACACAGACAAGCAGCAAUGCACUUUGGGAAAUCUGUUAAAGUGGGUAAGGAGCCGCAGGCUGUGAAAAAGCCCUCCGGGGAUCUAAAAAAACACCAUAAUCUCUCAGAGCAUCACCUCAUAGAGAGUCCCGGGUCGUUGAACCGCAGGAAGGCUUUGUCCGAACCAGAUGCGGCCGCGAGGGAAGAUGGCGACGGCUGGUGUCGGCGCUUCAGAGACCAGGACUUCCCAGACGCCGACCGCAGGGGGAUCAGGAUUAGUCCUGAUCUCCGGCUUCUCCCCUGGCUCAGCCGGGAUGACGUCCAGAAGAUGGAGCUCCUAGCUGAGGGCGUGGUGGUCAGCAAGGCCAGGGUGCCCGCUCACGGACAGGUGCUCCGAGUGGCGCUGGAUACUCCAGCACACCAGCAGCCAUCUUAUAAGAGGGGUUCCCCUGAGCCUGGACCUGGCCAGAGACGUCCGGGAACCCACGGUGAGCGCUGCCAGCAGGGGCACUGCUCCCUAAUCAAACGCACCGACGACUGGUUCGAAGUGUUGGCCUUCCACCUGGACAGGGUGCUGGGCCUCAACAGGAGUCUCCCUGCGGUGCUGAGGACAUUCCGCAGCGAGAUUCUGCCGUAUCGGUACAUCAGCGGCGCUCCCCGACCCGUGGUGUGGUGGGAUCCGGAUAUUCAGCACCUUGCCGAUGAGGACAACGACCAGAACUCGGUGCCGCUCAGCUGGGCCCAGUACCAGAAGCUGCUGCGGCUCCGCUGUGGGAGGGAGGCUGACCUGAGGUCAGCGGCGUGCGUGGGAGUUCACCACUCAGAGUGGGGGACACUGGCUCUCUUUGACUUCUUAUUGCAGGUGAACGACCGGCUGGACAGGUACUGCUGCGGUUUCACUCCCGAUCCCACAGAACUCUGUGUGGAGAACCUUCUCCACGCCAAGUGUGGCAACCCCAAGGACCUGCUGCUGGUUCACAUCCUGGUGAGGAAGGCAGAUCCCUCCAGACUGGUCUUCAUAGACAACGCCGGCAGACCACAGCAGUCCACCAACAACCUCAACUUCCGGCUGGUAGAGGGCGUUGACGAGUUUCCAGAGAGAGCGGUGUCGGUGCUGCAGUCGGGCUGCCUGGAGAGUCUUCUUCUACGCUCCCUUUACACGGACAGGGAAUUCUGGGACAGCAAAGGCGGGGCCAGCGGUCUCCGGCCUCUCAUCCGCACUCUGGAGCACAGAGGGAAGAUUCUCCUCCGGCACAUCAGAGACAUGAAACUCCAGCUCAAGAGGGACCUGUGACGGAGCUGAACAAGUGGAUCACAUAAUUCAGGUUAAUAAGAGUUGCAAUGGUUCAGCUAGAGCAACGCUUACCUACGACAUUGGUGAUAUUAGAUGUCCAACUUAAAUCAAAAAAAGGUCAAACAUCACUUCACAUGUGAUUUUCAAACGUAUUAUUCAUAUUUGGUUUACUUUGGAAAUUCUGAGCGUGCCCAUGAUUGAGAGAUUGCCUCCACACCUCGAGCUCGGUUCUGUUUCGUAGCGUGAGGUCCAACCUGCUGUCAACUUGAUGAUUACUGUUCGAUGCGAAUGUGCUUCAAAUGAAGUGCUUUUAAUGAAUAUUCGCAAAGAAUUCUAAUUUUACAGCCAAACCAA